GGAUCCGAAGAUGGCGUCGUUUCGCUGCCGGCGAGACCCGUGCGGUUUCAUUUGUCUUAUUUUGACAUAUUUUAGCGUAUUUUACGCCGACUACGUGGUUAUUCAGUACGUGCUGAUCCCCGCCUACUCCGGAAGUGUAUGGUGCACUCUUCAUGGAUCAAUAUUUAAUAUUAUAUUGUUACUGCUUCUGGCAUGUCAUUCAAAAGCAGUCUUCUCUGACCCAGGUAUGGUGCCUCUCCCUGAGACAGCCAUCGACUUUUCAGACCUGAGGUCUCAAUCCAACCGUAUGAAUGACAGGGGCUGCGAGGGCUGGACCGUAUGUAGUCGCUGUGAAACAUAUCGGCCCCCCCGUGCACAUCACUGCCGAGUGUGUCAGCGUUGCAUCAGACGCAUGGACCACCACUGCCCAUGGAUUAAUAACUGUGUUGGGGAGCUCAACCAGAAAUAUUUCAUCCAGUUCCUCUUCUAUACUGGCAUGGCCAGUCUGUACUCCAUGGCACUAGUGGUGUCUGCAUGGGUGUGGAGGAUACGGAGUGAAAGAGAAGGGGAUGGAGAAAAGGAAGGAGAUGAAUCUCCCAGCAAGCAUCUCAUAGUGGCACACUACAUCAUUCUGUUAGUGGAGUCCAUUCUGUUUGGUGUUUUCGUCUUGGUGAUAUUUUAUGACCAGCUGGUGUCUAUCAUAACAGAUGAGACACCCAUUGAGCAGAUGAAGAACAGACUGAUGAAGGACAGACCUAGCAGUGGACAGCUGACACACACCACACACACACGAAAGCCCAAAAUUGCACUGCUUCGUGAAGUGUUUGGACGAGGCUCUGUGCUGUGUUGGCUGUUUCCGCUCCACUCCUCUCCUCCUUCUGCUGGAGGAAUAAGUUACUCAGCUGUACCUGACUAUGAUGUCUAGACCUGACCAUCAUUACAGUGUUACAUUACGGUUCAGGUGAUGGACAGCUGACUGUGUUAAUGAGCUCCAGCAAAUUGUUACAAUGAAGAAGGACAGAGGAGCUUAUGAAGGCUGAUGUAUCUUGAAUUCUGGAACUUAUCAUAAUCUGUGUACACGCCACGUAUUCACACAGUGUGCUGAAGUGGUAAGCAGGAAAUGUUGUUUGUGACUUUUUUCUUUCUUUGAGUGUUUCUGCUAACUUGUCUCAUUGGGAUAGUAUUGGCUUGUUUUUGCAUUAUUAAUGCACUAAUUAGCCAUUAAAAAUACAUUGUUUUAUAUGAAUAACAGCUUACCUGGUUAAGGAGUAAGCUAAACCAAACUGGCCAGUUAUGCACAUAGUAGGAUGCCUUAGUCACAGUGAAGUCAUCUGCCACAAUGAGGUCUGGACUUGACGCAGUUUCAGUGUGGAAUCGAGUGGAUUGGUUCUGAUAUCUGACAUAAAUGAAAAAGCCAGUAUCUCAUGUUCCUGUGUUUUACCUGAUUUUGCUACACAGAAAUGACUACCUUAAGAUAUGCAUUGCUUCCCCAAAUACAAAGCAGGCAUAUCUAGUUAGAAGGUAAAUGCUGCUAGGUAAAAGAGCAUGAGAACCGUAAGUAUAGAUGAUAGUGUGUUUUCAUACUUCCACAGAGUAAGCUGUAAUCAUGCACUGAAAUGCAGUAUAAUUGCAGUUGACUGCACAAUCAACUUUAGAGUAGUCAGUCCUAACUGUGCAGUCACUGAAUUGAUGUGCAAUACUUACAACUAUGUGCACUCUGUGCUGGUCCUGGGGGCCUGUGGUACAUUUGGCAGUUCCUGUUGGGCCUUUAACACUAACUUGCUGAAGGCUUCAUACAGUUAGGCACAUACAAACAUACACAUACAGGGUGACAUAUUGUCUGAGUUACAUUGAAGUGGUGUAUUUUUUUUCUUCUUUUUUUCCUCCUCAUGAACAUAUCAUUGUUAUUUAUUCAUACAUUUUCAUUUUGUGAUUUUUUUUUUUUUGUAGUAGUUUUUUGGGUUUUCUGAAUGCAUAGACUUUAUAUUAUAUAUCAUAACUGUAGAUAAAAUAUGUAUUUUAUAAACAUACAUUGCAGAGAAAAUGUUGCAAUAUUUCCAGGGUACAGGCUUCAUUUCAGUUUUCUUUUUUAUUUGUACUGAAUAUGUUUUGCUGCUUGUUGAUAACUUGAGGGAUGUGUGUACAUAGCUAAUAAUGUCUGAUGAUGAUGUUUACAUUGAUAUUUAUUGUAAUUUCUCUGUGAAACUGUCUAAAUGCUGCUCUGACUUGUGAAGUAAAAGACAUCUUUUAACAUGA